GGCUAACAGCUCUUCCUGCUCCACGAGGAGCUCCCGCCCCUUCAGCCCAAGGAAGGAAGGAAGGAGGAACUGCUCGAGACGCAUGUGUCACUUCCAGUGUGCUGCGAAACCCUGCUGCUAUGUGACUCCCCGGGAUUAUUUAGCUGGUUUUGCGGUUGGUGGGGAAGUAAGGUUAGAAAGUUUGGAUUUACAGUCGGUGUUUUGGGGGUUGCGGGGCGCGCAGGGAAGGUAGUGCAAGUGGUUUCGGAAGUGGAGCGUGGCAGCGAAAAGGAAGAAGGGGGGGAGCUUUCCAAUCCUGUGUGAUAGAAGAUAGCUCGCUUCGCUUGCUUGCCACGACGGGACUGACGUAGAAUAUGGCGGAGCAUCACCCGGUUUCCGACAACAAACACAAAUCCUCACUGAACUCCGGAGCGUCGUACUCGGGGAACGGACGCAGCAGCACGGCGGUCGCGGAGAGAGGCAGCAACGCCGGGGCAGGAGGAGGUCUGUCCGGCGGCCUGUCGCAGCCAGCAGGGUGGCAGUCCUUGCUGUCUUUUACCAUCCUGUUCCUGGCCUGGCUGGCCGGUUUCAGCUCCAGGCUCUUCGCUGUCAUUCGCUUCGAGAGCAUCAUUCACGAGUUUGACCCCUGGUUCAACUACAGGUCGACUCACCAUCUCACCACCAAUGGCUUCUAUGAGUUCCUCAACUGGUUUGACGAAAGAGCCUGGUACCCUCUGGGUAGGAUAGUCGGGGGCACGGUGUACCCAGGCCUGAUGGUCACGGCGGGCCUCAUCCACUAUGUGCUCAACCUGCUGCACAUCACCGUCCACAUCCGGGACGUGUGUGUGUUCCUUGCUCCGGUGUUCAGCGGCCUGACCUCCAUCUCCACCUUUCUGCUCACGAGGGAGCUGUGGAACCAGGGAGCGGGGCUGCUUGCGGCCUGCUUCAUCGCCAUCGUCCCGGGCUACAUCUCCCGCUCCGUGGCUGGCUCCUUCGACAAUGAAGGCAUCGCCAUCUUUGCCCUGCAGUUCACCUACUACCUCUGGGUGAAGUCGGUGAAGACAGGAUCCGUCUUCUGGGCCAUUGGAUGCUGCCUCUCCUAUUUCUACAUGGUUUCAGCUUGGGGCGGUUACGUGUUCAUCAUCAACCUUAUUCCUCUUCAUGUAUUUGUCCUGCUUCUCAUGCAGCGCUUCAGUAGGAGAGUCUACAUAGCCUACAGCACCUUCUACAUCAUCGGCCUGGUCUUGUCCAUGCAGAUCCCCUUUGUGGGCUUUCAGCCAAUCAGGACCAGUGAACACAUGGCCGCAGCAGGUGUGUUUGUGCUGCUUCAGGUCUAUGCCUUCCUGCAGUACCUGAAGGACAGACUGACCAAGCAGGAGUUCCAGACUCUGUUCUUCCUCGGAGUCUCUCUGGCUGCUGGAGCUGUUUUCCUCUCUGUCAUCUAUCUGACAUACACAGGGUACAUUGCUCCAUGGAGUGGGCGCUUCUACUCCCUCUGGGAUACUGGCUAUGCUAAGAUCCACAUUCCCAUUAUAGCGUCUGUAUCUGAGCACCAGCCCACCACCUGGGUGUCCUUCUUCUUUGACCUACACAUCCUCGUCUGCACCUUCCCAGCAGGCCUCUGGUUCUGCAUUAAGAACAUCAACGAUGAACGUGUCUUUGUGGCCUUGUAUGCCAUCAGUGCUGUGUAUUUUGCUGGCGUAAUGGUGCGUUUGAUGCUGACUCUGACUCCGGUGGUGUGCAUGCUAUCGGCGGUGGCCUUCUCCAGCGUCUUUGAACACUACCUGGGAGACGACAUGAAGAAGCAGGGCCCUCCUGCAGAGGACAGCAGCGACGAGGACGACAGGAAGAACGCCGGAAACCUCUAUGACAAGGCCGGUAAGGUGCGCAAACACGUAUCGGAGCAGGAGAAGGCCGAGGAGGGCCUCGGCCCCAACAUCAAGUCCAUAGUCACCAUGCUGAUGUUGAUGCUGCUCAUGAUGUUCGCCGUCCACUGCACCUGGGUCACCAGCAACGCCUAUUCCAGCCCUAGUGUGGUACUGGCAUCAUACAACCACGAUGGCUCCCGUAACAUCCUGGAUGACUUCAGGGAGGCCUACUACUGGCUGAGGCAGAACACUGACGAGCACGCCAGAGUGAUGUCCUGGUGGGACUACGGCUACCAGAUAGCAGGCAUGGCAAACAGAACAACGCUGGUCGACAACAACACAUGGAACAACAGUCACAUAGCACUGGUGGGCAAAGCUAUGUCAUCCAAUGAGACUGCAGCCUAUGAAAUCAUGAGGUCGCUGGAUGUUGACUAUGUCCUGAUCAUCUUUGGAGGAGUGAUUGGCUACUCAGGCGACGACAUCAACAAGUUCCUGUGGAUGGUGCGCAUCGCAGAGGGGGAGCACCCCCGGGACAUCAGGGAAAGUGACUACUUUACCCCGCAGGGAGAGUUCAGAGUGGACAAAGCUGGUUCCCCCACCCUACUCAACUGCCUUAUGUACAAAAUGUCUUACUAUCGCUUUGGAGAAAUGCAGUUGGACUUCCGGACGCCACCAGGCUUUGACCGAACACGCAACGCUGAGAUUGGCAACAAGGACAUAAAGCUGAAGCACCUGGAGGAAGCCUUCACUUCAGAGCACUGGCUGGUCAGGAUUUACAAGGUCAAAAAGAUGGAGAACAGAGACCGCGUAGAGCACAAGCUGCGAAGCACUGACACCACUAAGCAGAAGUACACCUCCAAAAAGACAGCCAAGAGGAAGCGGGGAUACAUCAAGAACAAGUUUUCCCUCAAGAAGGGCAAGAAACUGACCAAGAAAUCUUUAUAGGAAGGCCACCGCCGACAGAGGCACAUUAUGGAUGGGAGGGAGGAAUGAUCUUAAACACAAAACUUUUCAACAAAAACAUGCAGCAACAAGAAAAUCCACCAAUCAAGAUGAAUAAGGAACACCUGAGGUUCGCCAGACCCCUGUCAUCCCGAGCGUCCUCACCCGGAGGUCCAGGCUGGAAGCGUUACCAUCGCCUAGAAGAAUGUAUUGAACCCCAGCUGACCUUUGACCUGAUAAACGGGGUCAAGGAGGCGGAGAACGGGAGAUGUUUGCUAGUCGGAGUUCCUCCCCCACACUGGUUUUAACCUGAGGAACUGUGACCUUUGACCCGCUUUUCUUUUUGUACUUGAACGCGAUAGGAGACAGAGAGAGCAAGAGAGAUUAGAUGUCCUCAAUCCAGGGACUACAGAAAAUACACCACUGUUCUACAAUGUCCCCAGUUCAGGGCUGACACCCUAGACCUGCUCAACUUUAGGUAAAGAGCGAUUUUAGGAUGACAGAAAUGGUGUUUUCCCCUCGUUGGAGAUUAUUCAGUUCUUGAUAAUUAUUCAGUUUAAAGGAAAAGGAGAGAAACAGAAAUAGACCCACCAUCCUGCUUUUUUAGUUUUAACCGGCAGUCAGUCACAGUCUGAGCUUUGAGUUUGUGCUCAGAUGCUUUUGGAAAGUCCAGGUGUUGGAACAUCUCUGUAGUCUGUUUUUAUGUGUUUGAUUUCCUUUACGUUCUCCUUAGAAUCCAUUAUUACCAGGAACAUGCAUGUGCCAACAAGGAGAAGUCGUCACUCUUCAUACAACCUCAUACUGCUGCGCUGUCGUAUCAUUUUAGAACCAGACGGAUUCAUUCCCCUUUACUAUAACUUGGUCUUUUUGUCAUGGUUUCUAUCAGUAACCAAAUUAAUAAUAGAGUACUCGGAACACAGCGACAGAGGUCAAAAGAGGUCAGACAGGCCAACAAACACAAGCAUUCACGUGAUCUGUUUAGUUUUAAACAAACCAUCAUCGGAAGAGAAAACCGUCAAAUUAUUACCCAAACUGUCUGUAGUGAACAUCAGUUGCAGUUUAACUGUUUACUUACUGGUUCAACCUACAGUACUUUUACAUAACAGUUUUCCUCUACAAUAAAGGAAUGUCACCAUUUCCCUUUUCCCUUCCAUCAAAAGGGGAAUCAGAGGCUUUAGUCUCUAGUAUAACGGAGCGGCUGAACAUCAUCAGCAACAAAAUCAUUACACAACUCUUCACAGGCAGAGUUGCACCCCUUGUGAUGAAUAAAGUGAACGUCUCCUGUAAAAUCGGUGGAGUUUGAUGUCUGCUCGCCUUUCCUGCCCUUUCAGUCUUUGUUGUAGUGAUAUCACUGUGUUCCCAGAUCUCAGCAGUGACUUAAAUGAGUACGAUUUUCUCUCUUGCCUGAUAAGAAAUGAUGGCUAAAACCAAAAAAAGGAAGACCCAAGUUGUAAUAAACCAGAAUGACCCUUCAGGCUGUGCACGCUAGUCUUAUCUGUAACAGUCGUGCUUUGUUGAACCACACUGAGCCGAGCAGGGCUAUGAGACACCAUCAGUGUUCAGGAUUUCACACAAUUCAGGCUUUGUGUUGCCACACAAAAGGAAGGGGACUUUCAAAGGGUUAAAGCAUUAAACUCUAGGGCUUCUUUCUAAUUGGCUGAAAUUCCGCUAUUUUUAAAUCUACAGAUGUGUCGUGCAACCAGUGGCAUAAAAGUGGCUACAUAUGAUGAUCUAAGAGUGGUUCACAGAGGCAACAAAUGACAGAUCUCCCUACAAUUUAAUCUGCCUUAUUGUUGUUUCUUUAAGAUAUUCAAAGAAACGUAUCUAUCCGGCGUAAGCCGACUUUGAUUCUGUUGUGAGGUUUUGUCUGAAGAACACCAAGUCAAGCGAAUACAGGUACAGAGCUUUGGCUUUAAUGAGAAAAUAAAAAUCAUAUCAUUUGCAGAGCUCAACAGAGUGUAUUUAUUACAUGGAUGACGGAGGCUGUGAUGACUAAAGCGAGCGUAGCGUCUUAUCACAAAAUGCAAGGAUUUUAUUUAGUUGUGAUUUUGAUAUUUUGAAGUAAAGGUUUCUUCCAUCAAUUGUAAUGAUCUGGAUGCAGGUGUGAGUGUGAAACAUGCCUUUUUGAAUAAAGAGGUUGAAAUAAA